GUAUCACAUGUCAUUCCAGCACAGGUGAAGAAGAUGGAGGUCACUACCAGUCGUGCUGCUGUGCUGCUCCUCCUGCUUCUAUCUCAGACCCUGAUCACUGUGCAUUCCCAAGAGGAAGAAGAGGCCAUCCAGGAGGAGGAGCUGCAGGAGGAGGAGCAGCAGGUGAUUGAGACAUGGACACGGAAGGUCAAAGCCUGCACCUGUGACUGCAUGUCCAUUGAUUCACCCACACCUGCUCCCAUCUCACCUGUCCUGCCGAUCACACUACCUCAGGGUCACGCACUGAACUGUAUGCCAGAAUGUCCAUAUCACAGAGCUCUGGGGUUUGAAUCAGGAUCCAUAACCUCAGACCAGAUCAGCUGCUCCAAUCAGGACCAGUACACUGGCUGGUACUCCUCCUGGAUCCCUAACAAGGCUCGUCUCAACAACCAAGGCUUUGGGUGUGCAUGGUUGUCCAAGUUCAACGACCAGCACCAGUGGAUCCAGAUUGACCUGAAGGAAGAAGGUGUGGUGUCCGGCAUCCUGACCCAGGGCCGCUGCGACGCCGAUGAGUGGAUCACCAAAUACAGCAUCCAGUAUCGCUCUGUGGAGACUCUCAACUGGAUUUAUUAUAAAGACCAAACAGGAAACAACAGGGUUUUCUACGGGAACUCUGACCGCAUGUCCACUGUGCAGAACCUGCUGCGCCCACCAAUCAUAGCUCGUUUCAUCCGUCUGCUGCCGCUGGGCUGGCACACCCGCAUCGCCGUAAGGAUGGAGCUGCUGAUGUGCAUGAACAAGUGCACCUGAACUGCUUCUUUUCCUCGCGGUCUAACCUUCCCCGGCCAGUCUUCCUUAUGCCAACGAAAGGAGAGCGUUGUCACAGAUCCAGUAACUCAAACGUGGCCUGUAACAUGCACAUCUGUUUUUGGCAAAGCUCAGAGAAAACUCCAUCCAGGGAAGGAGGACGAAUCUAGUGUCCUUUGAUCCACUGUUGUUGAUCUGUCCUAAAACGCAGUCUGACGGCAUUUCACUCCCAGUAAAGCCAAAGGAGUAAAAAACCAGUAUGGUUGUUUAAUUUAUUUUAAAAUGAAAUAAACCAAAGUUUAAGAUUGUUAAAUCAAAUGAGCUUAUUUUAUUGUUGAUUUACUCUUACAUAUGUAAACAUAAAUAUUCUAAAAUCAUUAAGCUGAUGUUCUCAUUAGGAAAAAAGCAGAAUAACACGGACUAUGCUACUAAUUUGUGUCUUAAACUAAAGCACAAGCUUAAUAACUGAUUUCAUUUGAACAGCUGCUGAAGAUGUUUUUGUUAAUAAUACCAAACAAGUAGUCACACACCAGUAUUAAUAUAAUACACAGUGCUCCCUCAACGUGAAUUAUUCUGUGACAGGUACCGUGUGGUCCUGUUGGACUCUGUUACAGCCUCGGUCUUCACACGCUGCACACACACGCUGCACACACACGCUGCACACACACGCUGCACACACACGC